UUAAUAAAACGUUAACCGAAACUAAUCAACCACAAUUCAGCGGUAGAGUUCGAUUCAACGAUGAAAUCUCCAUGAACCGGAGUGGUUUUUAAUAAACCGGGAAAAUAUGAAAACUCAACCGAAAGUAAACAGUAAACCAGAUUGGCAUUUCAAGUGUUGUUGCUUACUAUAAACACAUGAGAAGAGAGGGAGAAUCUAUUUGAAAAAAAAGAAACAGAAAGCAGUAGAGAAGGAUUGUUUCUUCUUGUACUCAUCGUAGAGAUCAGUGGAGAAAGAUGGGAGGAUACUUGACGAAGAGGAUGUUUCUUCUGCUUCUUACUCUGAUCAUGUUGCUUCCUCUCUUGAUCUCUUCUUCGUCUGGUGAACCAGUUAACUCCAACAGGAACGGAGUAUGUAUUUCUAAAGAAGGACCCUUUUCAACAUCCGCAUCAGAAGGCAAGCUUGCUGAUCCUGAGUUUGAGGAUCUGAACGUGUGUAAAGUGUUCCAUGAGAAGACUUGUUGCUCUGCUUCACGGAUGCUCUCGGCCUCAAAAGCUGUAGAAAGCCUGGCGACUUAUGGAGAAGCUGCCAAAGACUGCUUGUAUUUGUUUGAGCUUCUGGAAUGUUCAAUCUGCCAGCCAGGAACUCUUCCCAUUUGUGCCUCCUUCUGUGGCAGAGUCUUUCAAGCUUGCUCUGAUGCUUACUUCAGUAGUGAUGCCAGUGAUCAGGUUAUAGUACCGUGUGGAGCAAGCGAAAGCAUCAUCUGCGGGAAAGCUACUAAAUGGGAGACUAAUGGCACAGCCUUCUGCUAUGCAUUGGGUUUCACUGUUCAAUCAGCUGUUGAAGAGUCUUGUUACGGAAGCAAAUCAAGUCUGGAAGAACCACUCAUAAACACUGAGAGUUCUGCGUGGUUUCAACCUCUUCAGAUCUAUUGGCUAGUAAUAGUCAUUGUGCUACGAACAAUCUGUUGGCUAGAAAUCAGGGGGCGUUAUCAGCGGCAGAUGCGAGGUUUGAUUCAGAGAGAAAGAGUGGUAAGGAACAUGAAUGAGAUUGCUGCCUAAAGAGAGUUUAAAACUCUCUUUUUUGAGUUCGUUAGCAUAGCUUUAAAACUUUUGAAUAAAGCUCUGUAAAAACUUUUAAAUAUUUUUACUGUUACAGACUAUUCAGAAAAA